GGGCACGCAGCGGGCGCGGCAGCUGAGAACUACAUAUCCCAGAGAGCCACGGGAGGCGCGGGCCAAUGAGGAGCGCGCGUCUUGGCGCGGCGCACAGGCGCGCUGGGGAGGGGGGCGGCCGCGGAUUCAUGUGGAGGAGCGCUCUGGAGCGGGGGCUGCGGCUGGAGCGCUGAGAUGGCUGCCAAGGUGUUCGAGAGCAUCGGGAAGCUCGGCCUGGGCUUGGCCGUGGCCGGGGGCGUCGUCAACUCCGCUCUCUACAACGUGGACGCAGGGCACAGGGCUGUGAUCUUCGACCGCUUCCGGGGGGUGCAGGACGUGGUGGUGGGCGAGGGCACCCACUUUUUGAUCCCCUGGGUGCAGAAACCCAUCAUCUUCGACUGCCGCUCGCGGCCCCGCAACGUCCCCGUCAUCACCGGCAGCAAAGACCUGCAGAACGUGAACAUCACGCUGCGGAUCCUGUUCCGGCCCGUGACGGCGCAGCUGCCGCGCAUCUUCACCAGCAUCGGCGAGGACUACGACGAGCGCGUGCUGCCCUCCAUCACCACCGAGAUCCUCAAGUCCGUGGUGGCGCGCUUUGACGCCGGCGAGCUGAUCACGCAGCGGGAGCUGGUGUCGCGGCAGGUCAGCGAGGACCUCACGGAGCGCGCGGCCACCUUCGGGCUCAUCCUGGACGACGUGUCCCUGACCCACCUGACCUUUGGCAAGGAGUUCACGGAGGCGGUGGAGAUGAAGCAGGUGGCGCAGCAGGAGGCCGAGCGGGCCCGCUUCAUCGUGGAGAAGGCCGAGCAGCAGAAGAAGGCCGCUGUGAUCUCCGCAGAGGGCGACUCCAAGGCCGCAGAGCUGAUUGCCAACUCGCUGGCCACGGCGGGGGACGGGCUGAUCGAGCUGCGCAAGCUGGAGGCGGCCGAGGACAUCGCGUACCAGCUCUCGCGCUCCCGCAACAUCACCUACCUGCCCUCGGGACAGUCCGUGCUGCUGCAGCUGCCCCAGUGAGCCAGCCUGCCCUGCCCUGCCAGGGAAACACCUAAAAAAAAAAAAAAUCAUUGCAAGUUCCUCGCGGAGGAAACGGAAAUUUGGAAAUUGGAGGGAUUUUUUUUUUUUUUUUUGGAUGGGUAAUCAAAUAAAAGUGAACGCUCGCGACUCCCGGCCUGCGGUUCCUCCCCUGUGCGGUCUCAGCGCUGCCUUCAGGGACUCUGAAUCUGGGAGUUCAGGAAAAUUGGGGAAUUCAGAAAGUGAGAUUUGGGAGUUGCCCCUUUCUGGGCAGGUGGAGCAGCAGGAGCAGAGUUUUCCUGGGAUGUGAGUCCCUGGCCGCGGGUGCGGCAUCGAUCAGGGCUCAGAUCUGCCUCAGUGCCUUCAGGCUGGCUGGGGCUGUCCCCACCUGCUGCCCCUGGGCUGGGACAGGGGUGCUCGGGGCCCUCAGCCAUGCCAGUGCUUCCAGGUGUCACCUGAGAGCCUGGGGACACCUCAGCUCAGGGCCCUCAGCCAUGCCAGUGCUUCCAGGUGUCACCUGAGAGCCUGGGGACACCCCAGCUCAGGGCAGGGCUCUGUGGGGGUGAGAGGAGCAGAGAUUCCCUCUGGGGAAACCCUUCUGGGCCUGGGGAUCUCCUCUCCUUGCCCCUGAGCUGUCCCUGUCCUGCCCCGUGGGCUCCUGUGCCAGCCCCUCGCUGCUCCAGGGGCAGAAAUCCUCUGUGCUCUUUUUCCCAGGGAAGGGGAGUUGUGAGGAGGGUGAGAUUGUGUAACCAGCCUUCAAUAAAUGUCACAGUCCCAAGGCUGGCA